GAACCGUCGGCCGUCCGGAUCGGACGUAGACCCGCGCCUUCGCGCAGCGGGCCCGCGCAACGACGACAACAAACCGCUUAAUUCGAAUUUCGAUUUUAAACCGCGUACAAUUAGCAACAGUUCAAAUUUGUAAUUCGAACGCAACGUUCCAUUUUCGAAUUUGACCGUAACGGGUGAGCUGUGAUUGUACAAUAGUGCUGUGAAACAAAUUCAAAUGUUUAACGUGUGUGAAAAACUUUUGUGAGCAGGAAUGGAUGGGGAGAACAGGAUCAUUUUGAACGUUGGUGGAAUAAGAUACGAGACCUACAAGGCAACGCUGAAGAAGAUCCCCGCGACGCGCCUCUCCAGGCUGACGGAGGCGCUCGCCAACUACGACCCGGUGCUCAACGAGUACUUCUUCGACCGGCACCCUGGAGUGUUCGCGCAGGUCCUCAACUACUACAGGACUGGAAAGCUACAUUACCCCACAAAUGUGUGCGGUCCUCUGUUCGAGGAGGAGCUGGAGUUCUGGGGACUGGACUCCAACCAGGUGGAGCCAUGCUGCUGGUCUACUUACAGCAUACACAGAGACACACAGAAUACCCUGGCAAUACUGGAUAAACUGGAUAUCGAUAGUGAAAAGCCGUCAGAAGAAGAGAUUGCAAGACUCUUCGGGUAUGAAGAGGCAUAUCUGGCCGGAGAACUCGGGGUGUGGCAGCGACUCAAACCGAAGGUGUGGGCGUUGUUUGACGAGCCAUCCAGUUCCCCACCAGCGAAGGUGAUAUCAGCUAUAUCUGUCUUCUUCAUCUGCGUGUCGGUGCUGUCAUUCUGUCUCAAGACCCAUCCAGAUCUUCGAGUAAAUCUGCCAACUCCGGCGCCAUUUAUUGUGGAGAAUACCACAGUUUUGCAUAAUGCCACAAUUUCGCACAAUACCACCGCAAUCGUGGAGACAAGAUGGAGGGACAAUGGGGAGCCUCAUGUAUUCUUCUUUUAUAUUGAGCUCGUUUGCAACGUGUGGUUCACCAUUGAGCUUCUAGUGAGAUCUGUGGUAGCGCCAAAUAUGAUAGAAUUCAUAAAAUCACCAGUGAAUAUUAUUGACUUUAUAGCAACGUUGAGUUUCUACAUGGACAUAUUAGUGGAACUAACUAUAGUGAAACAAUACGUGGACAAAGCUGAUAUCUUGGAGUUCAUUUCCAUCAUCAAGAUCCUGAGACUGUUCAAGUUGACGAGGCACAGUCCAGGUUUGAAGAUAUUGGUGCACACGUUCAAAGCGUCGGCCAAGGAGUUGACGCUUCUCGUUUUCUUUUUGGUUCUCGGCAUUGUGAUAUUCGCGAGUCUCGUCUACUACGCUGAGAAAUCUCAGGAUAACCCCGAAAAUCAGUUCAAGUCGAUCCCCCUCGGGCUAUGGUGGGCCAUUGUCACCAUGACAACCGUGGGGUACGGCGACAUGGCUCCUAAGACGUACUUAGGGAUGUUCGUGGGGGCAUUAUGCGCCCUGGCAGGCGUGCUAACAAUAGCCCUGCCCGUGCCAGUCAUCGUGUCAAAUUUCUCCAUGUUCUACUCACAUACGCAGGCCCGAUCAAAACUACCGAAGAAACGGCGCCGCGUGCUACCCGUGGAACAGCCGCGUAGGAAACGCGACGCUAGCGCCUCCAACCGCCGUGUCAACGCUGUGAAACACCCAGUUGUGCUGAAGGACUUAUCACCAGGUAGCAAUAAAGUUGGUGUAAACGGCAUGAACAUGAUCAGCCUGGCCCUCCAAGGACCACCGAAUCUCCUGCGUCCACCCGCAACAGCUACACAACCGCUCCAAGCAAGAGCUCCUAUUGUUGAGAGUCCGAUAAUCAACACGCAGUCCGGAGCCAUAUCCUUAGCGUCAUUGCAACCGCCUCUGAUGACUGCCCCUCCCCUGCAACCAAGACCUGCAACCACCGGAUCCUUAGAUCUAAUGUUACCAUUGCAACCAAAGUUGUUACCUGGCUACAACCUACAGUCUUCGUUUUUGUCCAACACCCUUUCAACUGUCCGACCACCAGAUUUACCUGAUAGGGAUGAAAGAAGAGAUGUAGAUAGUUUUAAACCGAGUAUAGAAGUUAUUGUCGAGAAAAGAGAAUCUAUAUCUGAUAGCUCCGCACGUGAUAGUAAUUACGAAAGUACUGGAAAAAGUUGUGAAAAUUUAGAUAGGGUUUUAGAUUUUCAAGAGAGUAAUAAUAGCAUAGAUGAAAGUAACAACCAUAAUGUAAAUGAUACUUAUGAUACUACAGAUAAUGUUUCGUUUGCCAAUGAUGAAAUCAACUCUAACAUAAUAGAUGCCAAAACAACCGACACUAGUUUAGGGAACAGUUCCAAUGAUAAUAGCCCCAACAAUAAUUCUUAUUAACUUAUCGAAUCAAUUAAUGUAUAAAAUGCAUAAUUUUCUAGUCGUGUAACCCCAAAACAUAGUGUUACGAAAAAUGUCUCCCAUUAGACUAAUGUGAAUAAAGAAAUUUUAAGGUUACAAUCAAUCAAAAACUUUCUCUCAAAUUAGAUUUUCUAGUUAAAUUAUUGUAAUUAAAAUAUUAUAUUGUAAUGUUGUGUCAAAUUUAAAUAAGUAUUCUAAAUUAUAGUAAUAAAAUUACAGUCAAAAAGGGUUAAACGGAUAUGUUGUUAAAAGAAGUAUUAUCAUUUAAUAGAUAUUUAGUAUAUACAAUAUUUUCUAGUUAACCUUCAUCUCGACCAAAAAGUAGAUUAGUUGAUUAGUUUUGUGUAAACAAAAGAUUGAAGUUUUUGUAUAUUUUGUAAAUGAAAGACGAGACAGUGAUCGAAUUGUAAAUUACAAUUGUACGACUUAAUGUGAAUAUAUUAUUAAUAUUACCUAUGACAAUUUCACCUUCGAUUCUACUCAAAUUAGAAGACUUUCGAAUUAUUAAUUAAUAAGACGAUUGAUUUGUAAUUAUUCACUUACUUUGUAAAACGAAACACAACAUUGUCAUAUUUUUAUAGACAAAUCGAAACGUGUAUUGUGUAAAUUAAAUCAAUAGACUCUUACUUUUACAGAAAUACAUUUGUAUAUAACCAAUAUGCAGUUGAUAAAUAAAAAUGUAACUCAUAAAUUUUAGUUUAUAAUUUCCUAUAUUCCUUUCUAAGUAUCGACACUUACCCUCUUAUUCAUAAAAACAUCUAACCUCUUAUAAACCUAUUUGAGCUAUUGAACUUGUGGCGUAUUACUGGCCAUCACAAUACGCCUUUUAUAUAACUGGUCAUGUCUGUCAUAUUUUUAUAUUUCUAUUGUUCUUAUGUUUUUACAAUUCUGUUAUUUAUUAGUCUUUGUUUUCCUACCGAUGAAGACGUGAUAAAAGAGAACUACAAUAUUAAGGAUUUUAAUUUAUCAACCCGUUUCUCUUAAAACUGUUUAGUCUCUUUCUUUUACACAAAUUUUUCAAUUUGUAAAAAAGUGACAAAAUAGUGUAACAGUUAAAGUAGAUUUUUAUAAGGUUUUAGUUUUUAUGAAAAAGGGCGUUAAUUUGUAAUAAUUAAAGUUUUACUACCACUCACAUUAUUUUAUCUCUUCUUUCCACUUGUACAUCAUAUGUUUAAUUAAUCCUUGUUAAAUAUUUUAUAAUGUAUUCUUUAUCCAGGAUUUUUACAAAUAAUAAUCCAUGUAUACGACUUUUUUUUGAUACAAAAAAGUUUCAAAGACAACAAGUAAUUACUGUUAACCAGAAUUCCAAUAUUGAAAACAAUACAUGCAGUUUUGAAACAAUGUAAACGAUAUUCAGCGAACAAAAACAAAUAUCAGCUUUGCAAAGGAUUCAGUAUGAAAUCCCGUAGGUAUGCUCUCAAACUUUAAUACCUCACUUUGUGCCAGCGUUUCAAGACCGGUUGCUAGCUUUUUAUUGUGAAGUUACUCUUUCAGCCAGUAUUUGUAUUUCGUAUGUAUCGUUGCCCACUUUUUCAACGCUUUUAAUAUUUCAUUAUAAUGCGCAAACAUUGCUGUUUCGAUUGCAAAUAAUUGCUUUUAACAUCAGCAGUAAACAAUCUAUAUUAAUAGAUCCUUACUAAUAUAAUUAAAGGUGCAAGUCAGUUUGUUUGUUCGUUACAAUAUAUCGCCUUUACGACUUUACCAAUCACUAUGAAAUUUGGUAUAUGCAUACUAUAUGGGAUAGAGAAAUAUAUAGGUUUUUUUUAUCCUUGUCACGUAGACGAAGUCGUUCGUAAAAGCUAGUUUACAAAAAAUUGCAACUACAACUGUAAUAAAUAUAUAUUGAUUAUUGUUUUUCAAACUACAUUAUUUUAAAGUAUUCUAAAACAAAAUAGCUACAUAAAAAUUAAGGUUAAAAUAAUUAUUUUUUUUUUUAUGUAUUAUAGUGACUUAUUACAUUUUGUGGUGUAAAAAAAUCUAAAAAAAGUGUGCCAAUCUUGUAUAUAACAUAAAAAUUAGGUGAUAGUAAAAAUGGCUGUUUACGAUUAUACCGAAAAAUAUGGCUGAGGGAUGGUACUACAAAAAAAAAUUACAAUUCAUUGUAGUAUACGUCGAAAAUUGUAAAAGUUAGUUAUUGUAAAAAUAGGGGAUUUUUUCUCAGCCAUAUUUGACUCUUCAUUGAAAUUGUUAGUAUGUUCAUAUUUAAUAUUCUUAGCUCUUGCAUAUUUUUCUAAUGUUAGCAUUUUUGUCAUUGGUUUUUCAAAUAAAACUGAUUUGUUAUUAAAAUGUGUAUAUCUUUAGGAGAGCGACAUAUUUUGGUAACAAAUAAUAAGUGGUCAUGUUUUUAUUGUACCUCAUAUUUUAUUGUUUGAAUAAACAAA